UCAUUUUAAACCCUAAAUAUUAUGAGAAUAUUAUGUUUUUGUUUGGUUUAGUAUGUUUGUUUUACUAGAGCAUUGUUCCUCAUGUUCAUUUUUCCAAAUAAAAUCCUAAAUAACCAUUUAUUGAAAAUUUUUGAGGACCCCCAAAAUAGGGCUCGUGGGCCCCUGAGGGUCCUGGGAUCCCAGUUUGAGAACCUCUGGGUUAGGUUAUGGUUGACGUUUCUCUUUCUUUAAACAGACUAAUUUUUAUAUUUCUUGUUUCUCACCAACGCCUGGAAGCCGUUCAGCUUAUCGCGAGAUGAGACGGAUCUUUGCUGAAAACCCAAACUGGUCUCUGGUCCUAGUGCCCAGUUUAUCCAAUAUAUGCCURCAAAGCAUUGUGAAGAAUUUUGAAGUAAAUCCAGUAUUCAGAGAGCUCACGCCCAGCCAGAGACUCUGGGUUCAGGAGACCCUGUCCCCGUCCCUGCCCCUGUCUGUUACAGCCAGCCUGAUCCCUGAUGGUGUUUACUGGAAGCGAUGCUGCGAGCGCAGGUGGGACCUCUGUGACGUCUCUCGUUACGGCCACAGCUGGAGACGAAUGUUCUUUGAGAGGCACUUGGAGAACCUGAUUGAGCUUUUUAUCCCAGACACAACAGAGCCAAAGACUGUUCUUGACGUGCUUCCUCUCUGUAAGAAAUACGUCAAGAGGCUCAACAUCUCCCAGCUGCUGCCGCCUAUAAAAGAGCCUCGGGGGGAGGAGGAGGAUGAAACCGACUUGGCUAUAGGCGAUGAGCACGAUGAGCUUUACGCUCGCCACUUCGAUUUUGGCCUCGUGCUCGAGAAGCUGAUAAACCUGGAGGAGUUGCAUGUGGUUUACAGAGUCAAAGAAUGUGGGAUGAACUUCGAACGGAAGAUGUUUCAGAUGACAAAGAGAGACUGUGAAUCCCUCGGCAAGGCAGUAAAAUCCUCUAAGACCCUGAAGCUACUCUGA